AUGCAUCGCCAAAGUUUGACAUACCUGGCUAGAGCUGGUCGAGGCUCUCGUAAAGAGCACCGUCCCGUCGUCCCCAAAAGGGCUCAAGCCCAUACUACCGCAAUGCCUCUCGAGUCGAUCGAAGAGGCGACAUUGCCACCAAUCUUCGACAUCUUCGACGCACCGCACCGUUUGGGGGAGUCCAAGCUAUACGGCAAGGCUUCUCCAAGUGGCUCUACAUCUCCUCAAAAGUAUUCAAGCAGUAUGAUAUCGCUUGACAAUCCUUUUUGCGAUCCCAUGCCGCUACCAUCAUCCCUACCACCCCCAAUUAUUUUUGACGGCCCCGCUCGACCCCGGCAUCCUGCUCUCGAGUACGCUUCCCGCGCAAGGCGGUCGAGUUCCGUCCGGCCGUAUUCAAUGUCAACGCCUUCCGUCACUAUGUCACCUGCCGACAAGCCAAUGGUGCAACUUUUCGAAGGGCCUGCCCGCAUACAUCGGCACGCGCAUCAUGGGCCCAGCUCUGGACAGAAGCAAAUUUCGUAUAAAUCAGUCAUGGCUGGGGUGGCUGGCCUCUUUGGCUGUAUUACCGUGGCUAAAAAUUCUGAGGAGAAGCAGAGAAGGCGCUGA